AUGGAUAGCCAUGUUGUCGGUGUUUUGGGCGGUGGCCAGCUUGGACGAAUGCUGACUGAAGCUGCAAAUAGACUUAAUAUCGAGGUAGCAGCUCUCGACAGCGACAGAGCACCCGCAAAACAGAUUGCAUUAUCUGACAAACACGUCACCGGGUCUUUUGCAAAGGCAUCGGAUGUCAAAGAACUGGCUUCCAGAUGCGACGUUCUCACGUACGAGAUCGAACAUGUUGACACUAAAGUGCUGGAAGAGCUCGAGGGGGAGAAGCCUUUUAUCAAUGGUACACAAUGGUCGAGAAUUCAGCCCAGUUGGAAAACUGUCAGAACCAUACAAGACAAAUUUGUUCAGAAACAGCAUUUUGCGAAAUUCGACAUUCCCACGGCCAAGUCGAUUGCCGUCGGCACAUCUCAACCUCAAGGCCUGAAAGACAUCGCUGACCGCCUCGGAUAUCCCCUCAUGCUGAAGUCGAGGACUGAAGCAUAUGACGGACGGGGGAAUUAUCCUGUCAGGUCCGUCUCCGAUAUUGAGCCCGCAUUGAAGGCCCUGGAGAAUCGCCCUCUGUACGCGGAAAAGUGGUGUGACUUCAAGCUCGAGUUGGCUGUUGUGGUUGUCAAGGUCGCCCAGGAAGAUUCAGUCGAUUCCUGGGAGUCGAGCACCUUGGCCUAUCCCACCGUCGAGACCAUUCACGAAGACAGCAUCUGCAAAUUGGUCUAUGCUCCAGCGAGAAACGUCUCAUCUAGCGUUGCAAAAGCAGGUCAUGCGCUUGCUCGCCGCGCUGUUUCAACCUUCCCGGGGACGGGCGUUUUUGGCGUCGAGUUGUUCUUGCUCAAGGACAACAGUCUUGUCGUUAAUGAGAUUGCACCUCGACCACAUAAUUCCGGUCAUUAUACGAUCGAAGCCUGCCAUAUGUCUCAAUAUGAAGCUCAAAUCCGAGCGAUCUUGCCAGGCCUCGCCCCGACGAUCGCCCCGGAAGCAACCGAAAUGGUGACGACGGCGGCUAUCAUGCUAAAUAUCCUUGGAGGACCUGAGCCCGACUCGCAUCUCCUUGUAGCUAAAACUGCACUUACCAUCCCAGGAGCAAAGAUUCACUUAUAUGGCAAAGGCGAUGGACGACCUGGACGCAAGAUGGGCCACAUCACUAUUCUCGGCAAAAGCAUGUCUGAGUGUGAGCGAAAGAUACAUCCUCUGAUUCAAAUGGUCGACGCAGUUCGCGCCCAUCGAACCGAUUCAUCGCUUGCUCCUGCCACCUCGAUAGCCUCUAUUGCUGCAGAGCUACAAAAUACCCAUCCAAUUCCAGCCCCUCAGCCCGUCAUCGCGGUCGUCAUGGGUUCCGACACUGAUCUGGCCACUUUGAGACCGGGCCUCACUAUUCUCGACACGAUGGACAUCCCGUACGAAGUUCACAUCACCUCCGCACAUCGAACUCCACAAUACAUGCUUGAUUUCGGUAAAGUCGCAGCUGCGCGUGGUUUCAAAGCUAUCAUUGCGGCCGCCGGGGGUGCUGCCCACCUCCCCGGGAUGAUGGCCUCGGAGACCCCUGUUCCUGUGAUCGGCGUCCCGGUCAAGGCCAGCAGUAUGGACGGUCUGGACAGUUUACUCAGCAUCGUGCAGAUGCCUCGUGGUGUUCCAGUGGCGACGGUCGGUAUUGGAAACAGCGUCAACGCGGCGAUUUUGGCGGCUCGGAUUGUAGGGACAAGCGAUACGAAGGCACGGGAAUGGGUUGCAAAUCACCUGCAACAGAUGGAUGAUGAGAACAUGGAGAAGGAGCAUAGACUUCAACGGGAAGGGUGGAAGGUAUAUAAGAAGUUGGAUGGAUGA